ACCUCGUUGAUAUUACACUGUGUAUUAUAUGUGUAUUGUUUUACACUUUGAACCCUCGCGUUCGUCACUUUGUCGCGUCCUUUGACACUCAUGUUUUCCUUGUACUGUCACGUGUUUGUGUUUUGGUUAUUGGAACAAAUAUAGAACAACUUUUAACUUAGUUUGCCUAGUACUCAAACAAAAAGUGUGUGUGACUUUAAAAACUAUUAUUUGAAAACUGAAAAGUGUGUUCGGAACUGGAUUUAAUUCUAAUGUUUGUACGCUUUGAAAUUAAAAAAGGAUUUUAAUGUGGACUGCCUUAUGUAGGUAUUAAUAUUUUUACAGUUAGCGAAAGUGUGCGAUUUUUAAACGCUGUAAUAAACAUACUUUUAGUUUAAUAAAUUGAACAUUUAGUUAUUAGAUGUUCAAUCUAUUUAAGUAACUUUUAAGUGAUUCUAGGUUGAAAACUUAAAAAGUGACAUUAUUGAUAGUAAACUUAUGUUGAACAGUUAGUCGGAAGGUUUUUUGAAUUAACCGUGAUGUACUUGAAGAUGUAUAUAAAAUCAGAGCGAUUCUACCAGCAGCCUGACAACCAACCACUAAAAGAGGAAGACAAGUUUUAUUCGGAUUUCGACGAAGAGUCAGACGAACGUGAAGGCGGCGGGGGAGCGGCGCGACGGUGCGCGCGCGAUGCGGCGUCGCCCGCGCAAGCGCACGCGCCGGCGUCCGCGCCGCCCGCCGUCCACGCGCCCGUCAAGAGCGAGCGCCUCAGCCCGCACGACUCCACUGCUUCCAGAUCUCGCAGCGUGACGCCGUCGACUUCGUCGUACCCGGGCACGCCGCCGGAGCGCGGCAGCCCGCACGCUCCGCCCGCGCCGGUGCACCCGCCCCGCAACUACUCGGACAUCAUGCGCUCGCUCGCCGCGCGCUACAACACACACCCCACUAACGACUAUUUCCACCGAGUCAACGGCUUCGCGGUAGAGCAGCGGCCGCCAACGCAAACACAAGUGGACGCCAACGACGUCCCAGUCGGUGGACUGUUCGCUAAGCUGGCCAAGCAGCAAGGCGGCCCGCCACGGCUGCCGGCCUUCCCUGUCAUGCUUGACAUGAGCUCGACUAAGACAUUGCUAGCGAUAUCAAGAGUCGGUCGCGGAGGCCGAUCAAGACGCAAGCGCGUCGGCACGGGAGCGGCUACAGAACAUUCUCCGUUAGAUCUCUCCGCGGCGGGAGAGAGUGCGGCUAAACGCGCAAGACUCUCCGCUAGUCCCAGCACGAGGAGUGAUGGUGACGAGAGGGUUUCGAAUGAAGACCGAAGUGAAAAUCGCGAGUGUCUAUGCGCAGAGGCGCGCGCGCGGCUUUCUGCGUGGUCUGUGGACGAGGUUUGCGACUUCGUCAGCUCCAUAGACAUCUGUGCCGAGUACGCGUCGAAUUUCCGCGAACAGAGAAUCGACGGUGCAGGGCUGCCUCUCCUAACUGAAGAGCACCUCACAGUCAUGCUGCAAAUGAAGUUAGGGCCUUCGCUAAAACUGCGCGCGGUGCUCGCCCGGAGACUCGAACCCUGCGCUCAGUGCCUGGCCGCCGCCGCCACGAACACAACCCCCACAAACACGCCCAAAAUAAACGGCACAUCACUAAAAUCUGAGCCCAGGAGCAACACUACCAGCCCAAGUUAGAGGUGUCUUCUUAAAUUCAUCUAUCAUCUAUAUCAGACUGAAAGUUUGGACAAUAAUAACGCCUGAUUAUAUUAGAUCAGUUACUGGCCCCAAACUUGAGACAAGUCAAUACUGACUCACUGAUAUUGUGUGUAAUUUCAAGGCAACAUGGCUAAAACUCGAGCAUUCCUGGUCAGUAAAAUUUUACCUUUUAAUUUGACAGGUAGAUAGAACUCAAUGGAAAACUGGAGCGCGAUUCAGCGUUGAUUUGUCUUUAGUUUCGAGUUACUAGCUGGCUAAGUGUAAAUCAAGCUUUAGAUGUAUUCUAGCGAAAGGUUGUAUUUUUCUAACUUUAGCUUUUAUUGUACUCGAGGCAUUGAACUUGUAGUUCUUUUGAAGAAAUUUGUUUUGGACUGUAGUAGUUUUUUGUUGUAUAAAA